AUGUCUGCCCAGCAAAAAUACAGAAUUGAAAAGGACACCAUCGGUGAAAUUGAAGUUCCCGCGGACCGUUAUUGGGCAUAUUUUAGGUCUCUGCAAAAUUUUGACAUCGGCGGGUCGACAGAACGCAUGCCUGAGCCUUUGAUAAAGGCAUUCGGUGUGCUGAAAAAAGCGGCUGCCACGGUCAAUAUUAACUAUGGUCUUGAUCCAAAAAUAGGUAAGACCAUCAUCGAGGCCGCUGAUGAGGUAAUUGAAGGAAAGCUUUUAGAUCACUUUCCGCUGGUGGUGUGGCAGACCGGUUCCGGGACGCAGACCAACAUGAACGUCAACGAGGUAAUCGCGAAUCGUGCCAUUGAAAUGUUAGGCGGCCAGCUCGGUAGCAAAAAUCCCGUUCACCCUAACGACCACGUAAACAUGAGUCAGUCAUCCAACGAUACCUUUCCAACCGCAAUGCACAUAUCCGCUUCGGUCGAGAUCAACAAUAAACUUAUUCCGGCCUUAACAAAUUUGCGUAACGCUCUCGCCGAAAAAUCCGAAGCUUUUGCGAAUAUAAUCAAGAUCGACGUUCUGAUUGAUUCUUCUGUAAAGUUUGAAGCGCUGGCAGCGCAUGACGUGAUAGUUGAAGUUAGCGGUGCCCUUAAUACUGUCGCCGUUUCUUUAAUGAAAAUAGCCAAUGAUAUACGUUUCCUUGGCUCCGGACCUCGAUGUGGUUUGGGUGAACUCUCCCUACCCGAAAAUGAGCCUGGUUCUUCUAUCAUGCCGGGAAAGGUCAACCCAACUCAAUGCGAAGCCGUAACAAUGGUUGCGGCCCAAGUAAUGGGGAACAACACCACCAUCUCUAUAGCCGGAUCAAACGGUCAUUUUGAGUUAAAUGUUUUUAAACCUGUUUUAAUAAAAAAUCUGUUGCAUUCAGUCCGUAUCCUGGCAGAUGCCAGUGAAUCUUUCAGAAAGAAUUGUGUUGUGGGAAUAAAAGCUAAUGAAAAGAGGAUUAAUGAAAUUAUGAAUCAGAGUUUGAUGCUUGUGACAGCGUUGAACCCACAUAUUGGGUAUGACAAAGCAGCGGCUGUUGCCAAGAAUGCACACAAAAACGAUUUAACACUUAAAGAAUCCGCUCUUCAGCUGGGUGUGCUUAAUGAGGAGCAGUUUAAUGAAUGGGUCAAGCCAGAAAAAAUGCUUGGUAAAGUUGUAAAUUAA